AUUGAAGUAAAUUCAUGCCGGAAAGCUGUAUCUAUCGAUUUCAGUUAGAGCGCAAACUAGAUUCUGUUAGUAUAAAAGGUGUGAAGAAGGCGGAAACACCAUUUUCAAUUUUCUGAUCUGUAGCAGUUACAUAAAUCAUCCGAGUGCUUCUUCUUCCAUCCAAUACACACACACACACACACACACACACACACACACACACAUUCGGGAAGUGAACAUGUCAGCGGAAACGGCAUCUUCGUCCACGGCUGGUCCUCCGGCGCCAGUGCAGCGGCCUACGCGUAGAUUUACAGGCCGAAACAACCGCGGCGGCCGUUCCGUCAUUCUCAGCCAACCUGGUGGUUACUCCACCGAGGCCGUUUACAGACCUCCUCAGCCGAUUCGUGGAGGCAUCCCAAUUUGCUUCCCAAAGUUUUUUGACGAAGAAUUCCUGGAGAAACAUGGAUUUGCUAGAACCGAAGUAUGGAUUUUGACACAUGAUACAGCUUUUCCCCCUCCGACACCCGAUCAUGCAUACGUUGAUUUUCUUCUCGAUCAUAAACCCGACGACUUCCAAGACUGGCCUAAUCAUAAAUUUGAGCUCCGUUUACGUGUUAUCCUGGGACCCACCGGAGAUCUGACUAUGACGACUCGUGUAAAAAAUGUCAACACUAAUGGGGAGCCUUUCGCGUUCAAAUUUGCCUAUCACUCCUACUUCUCCGUCUCAAAUAUCCUUGCAACUCGAAUUGAAGGAUUGCAGGGGUUGGAUUAUCGGGACUAUCUAAAUCACAAUCAAUUCACUGAAGAGGCGGAUGUACUCACUUUCGAAGAAGAAUUGGACAGGGCAUACCUGAACACUCCCGAUGAGAUCCGUAUUAGGGACCUUGAGCUUAGAAGAGUUAUUACCAUUCACAAAGAUGAUAGUCUUCCUGAAAUUGUUGUGUGGAAUCCAUGGGAAGAUGAUGCCGGUUUGAUAUCUGAUUUUGGAUAUGAAGAGUAUAAGGAGAUGAUUUGUGUUGAGGCAGCUGCUAUGGAUAGUGAAAUCACUUUGAAUCCGAACGAAGAGUGGACCGCGACUCAGCGCCUUUCUGCAAAGGAAUAUUAACUGCCGUUUUGUUUCUAAACUCUUUUUUUUCCCGUAUACGUGUAAUAUUCUUGAAUUGAAGAGAUUAAGAUCACCUAUAAUCCAGCUUUAAUUUCCUGUUGAACACAGAAACUGUGAUGAAAAUAGGAU